GAAUCGCGAAAAUAUGGUAUUUGGUAAAUAUGGUAAACCUUCAGUUGAGAGUGCUUCAUCUAUGUCAAAUUCGUCCUUAUUUAUUUUGUGCUUUCCUACUAACAGUAUAGUUCAACCCAUUUUUUGUCAAAAAAGGAAUGGGCAUUUCCUUGGUAUAUUACGAUACAUAUAAAAGACUUCAGCUGCCAGUGCCUGUUUUGGACAGGGAAGAUCCCACACCACCGGCUUUUUCUGAGGAAGAUGGCAUGGUACACCUCGGUGGCAAGAUAAAGCUUUCGAAGCUAAAGAUUGAUGAUUUAGUAGACAGACUCCCUCCCAAACGAUAUGUGAAAGAUUUGUGCAGGUGUAUUUAUACUCACGAAGAGAUGUGCGCGAGAAGUGUGACCGGUGCCCCCUGCCGGAGUCAUUUGAAGGAUGGGGCAAAGGGGAAGCUGCCGGUAACCCCAAUGAAACUGCUGGCCCUUGCAAAUGGUCUCAUGUACUACGAGGGAGCCAAACCCACCGAAGCUCGGCACACGGGCCCCGAACUUCAGAAGAUUGUGCGGGAGGUUUUAAAGGAGUUCCUGCCCGACAACGCAAGACAAGGCACAAGAAGGAGGGAACCACCGGCACCCAAAGAAUAAAUGUGCAUGCUUGGGUGAAACAGCACACAAGAUUUACACCCAAGCCUCCAUCCUCUCAAUAAAUGUUCCUCGAGGCAUUUAGGCAUAA